AUGGCUUCGGGUUCGAAGUUAGCUGAAGCUAUAUCGAAAGGAGCUGAAGCGAUUAAUAGUUUGGUUCUAUCUGGAGAAAUUGAAGAAUUAAGAGAUAUCAUUUGCUUAAAGCAAGAACAAGAAGAUUGUGAAGAUUACUUGCAAGAUAAAGGUGAAAUUGACUAUUCAAAAAUUCCUGAAAUAGACCUACCAGCUCCCUUAGCUAGUUCAAAAUUUUCACAAAAUCCAGAGCUUCUAAAAGUGCUUAACCGUGGUGGAAAACACAACUCUGAACACUUAGUUGGUUGGAGUGACGGAUUAAACGAUUCAAUAGCUAAAACUUAUCAACCAGCUUCAAGUGGUAUGUUUCUAGAUAAUCAUCAACAAUGUGAUAAGGAGAUAAGAUUUUUUAAUAACAAAAUAGAAUCUACUUCAGUGAAAAAUACCUUUAAUUACUUGAAAAAUAUUGAUAAUGAAGAGAAAAAUAUAAGUUUUGAUGAUAACAUUUUGACAAGAAGGACUGACUUGCAAGAAAACAUUGGUUCUAGAAACAUCUUUGAAAAGUCUGACAUUGAACAGAUACAAAAUGAAUACAUGAAUUGUGGUAAUGCUGAAGAUAAAUCCUCAGAAAAACAAUCACAGUGGCUAGAACAGUGUGUCAUAAAAAAAACAGAAAACACUGUAUCUCGAACAAUUUGUGAUGCCAAUAGAGAUGGAGACGAAAAUAUUUUAAAUGAUACUCAUUUGCCAAAUAUAUCUAACCAUCACAAUAUGCAAAAUAUUAACCCAAAUAUGCCUAUGCGAAGUUCAUCUUUUAAAACAAAUAUACCUGAAAAUUUCAAAGCAACUGCUAAUUUUGGGUUGGAUGUUCCAAAAAGUCAAGUCUCUUCUCACCGCAACAUGCAGCUUUCAUUUCAGUCGAAUAUACCACCACCGCAAAUGUCUUCUUUCAGUUCUUCCAAUUUUAGACCCUUAUCUAAUAAUUUUCACUCUAAUGUGCACUUUAGACAAACAGGGACACUUUUAAAUCAGAGUGGCUUUCAUUUUUCAGGACCAUCACCAAGCUUUAGACCACCAAAUGAUAACUUUGAUAGGAAUAAUUUUGGUGGAUCAAAUUUUCAAACUCAAUCUCCUAGUCAACAUAAUACGGGAAAUAGCAAUGACUACAAUUCUAACAAUAAUAAUCACGGUCCUUUCUCAUCCAAAAUUGGCCACAACCACUGCAAUUCAAUAUGCCGACCACCAAAUGAUAAUAAUCGAACACAUUCUCACAAUCGUGGUCGAGGAAUGGAUAAUGAUUCAGCAAAAAUAGAUCGAAGUCGAGAUGAUUAUUAAUGUUUCUAAAUGUAUAAAAAUGGUUUUUAUAUAGAAUUAAGUUUCUCUUUUUAUUCUUAUUUUAUUGACACAUUGAUUUCUACGAUUUCAAUGUUUUUAAGAAACACAUUCACAGACAUAGCAACCUAUAUAAAGUAUGUACGAAUAUUCAUAAAAUAACAUGUAUUCCUCACUAUAAUGUAGUAAAGGUUUGCAAAUAAAAAAUUGCAGCUAAUGCAUUUUUUAAAUUUGA